AUGAAGGGAGAGGAGGACGAGGAGGAUGGAGCAGAGUCUCUAAUAUCCAGCUGUCCGUCUAUGAAGAGCGACCGGUCUAAAGGUCGUGUUCUAGACUUCAGUGAUGAACCUGGACCCUCAGACACAAAAGAGAGGAAGAGGAGGGCUGUUUCUGUGGAUGAGCGGCUGUCCUGCUGUUCUUUGUGUCAGGACGUCCUGAAGGAUCCAGUCUCUACCAGCUGUGGACACUGGUUCUGUAGACAGUGCAUCACCUCAUACUGGGACCAGUCUGAUUCAUCAGGAGACUCCUCCUGUCCCCAGUGUGCAGAAAGAUCCAGAACCAGACCUGGACUGCAGACAGACAGCCAGACCAGCACUGUACAAACAGAAAGUGGUCUGCAGGAGGUUUUAGAUGAACAUCAGAUCAGUCUGAGCAGCACAUGUGAAUGUGUAACUCAAGGAACUGAUGAAGGAGGAAGUGAAAUCCCUCUCAAAAGGAUCUUCACUGAGGUCCACAUCACAGAGGGACAGAGUGAAGAGGUUAAUACCCAACAUGAGGUGAGGCAGCUUGAAACAGCUCCCAAGAUGGAGACCUUCCAUGACACACCAAUCAAGUGUCAGGACAUCUUUAAAGUCUUACCGGACCAACAGAAACACAUCAGAGUUGUUCUGAUGAAUGGCGUCGCUGGCGUUGGAAAAACCUUCUUAGUGCAGAAGUUCACUCUGGACUGGGCACAGCGCUUCAAAAACCAAGAUAUCAGUCUGCUGAUUCAGUUCUCGUUCAGGGCGCUGAACUUGAUCAAAGAUAAGCAGUACAGUCUGAUCAUGCUGAUCCAUGUUUUCUAUCCAACAUUACAGAAGCUCACAGCAGAGAUGCUCGCUGUCUGUAAAGUGUUGUUCAUCUUUGAUGGUCUGGAUGAAAGCAGACUUUCACUGGAUUUUAACAACAGUGAGGUCGUGUCUGAUGUCACACAGAAGUCAUCAGUCAGCGUGCUGUUGACAAACCUCUUCAUGGGGAAGCUGCUUCCAUCAGCUCUCAUCUGGAUAACUUCCAGACCUGCAGCAGCCAAUCAGAUCCCUCCUUCAUGUGUGGACAGGGUAACAGAAGUACGAGGCUUCACUGAUGACCAGAAGGAGGAGUACUUCAGGAGGAGAUUCAGUGAUGAAGAGCAGUCCAGCAGAAUCAUCUCACACAUCAAGACAUCCAGGAGCCUCCACAUCAUGUGUCACAUCCCAGUCUUCUGCUGGAUCACUGCUACAGUUCUGGACCACAUGUUGACUCCAGACCAGAGAGGAGAGCUGCCCAAGACCCUGACUGACAUGUACUCAUACUUCCUGUUGAUUCAGACAAAGAGGAAGAAGAACAAGUAUGAUGAGGGACAUGAGACGAGUCAACAGGAGCUGACGGAGGCUGACAGGAAACUUCUUUUGAAGCUGGGGAUGCUGGCGUUUGAACAACUGGAGAAAGGAAACAUCCUGUUUUACCAAGAAGACCUGGAGCAGUGUGGUCUUGAUGUCACAGAGGCCUCGGUGUUAUCAGGAUUUUGUACACAGAUCUUCAAAAGAGAGAGUGUGAACUUCCUGGAAACAGUCUACAGCUUUGUUCAUCUGAGUGUUCAGGAGUUUCUGGCUGCAGUCUACAUGCACCACUGUUACACCAGCAGGAAGACAAAGGUACUGAAGGACUUCCUGGGAAAAGACUACAAACACAAGUUUCCUGCCAGUGUCAGAAACAAUGAUAGCCAUGGCCCAUCUUUGGAUGUCUUCCUAAAGAGUGCCAUGAAGAAAUCUCUCCUAAGUAAAAAUGGCCACCUGGACCUGUUUGUCCGUUUUCUUCAUGGCCUCUCUCUGGAGGCCAACCAGAGUCUCCUAGGAGACCUGCUGGGUCAGACAGAGAACAGUCCAGAAACCAUCCAGAGAGUCAUCACCAACCUGAAGGAGAUGAACAGUGAUGAUAUCUCUCCUGACAGAAGCAUCAACAUCUUCCACUGUCUGAUGGAGAUGAACGACCGCUCAGUACAUCAGGAGAUCCAAGAGUUCCUGAAGUCAGAGAACAGAUCAAAGAAGAAACUCUCUAAGAUCCACUGCUCAGCUCUGGCCUACAUGCUGCAGAUGUCAGAGGAGGUUCUGGAUGAGUUGAACCUGAAGAAGUACAACACAUCAGUUGAGGGACGACAGAGACUGAUCCCAGUUGUUAGGAACUGUAGAAGUGCUGAACUUUCUUGUUGUGGACUCUCUGAGACUCACUGUGAAGUUGUGGCCUCAGCUCUGAAGUCCAACCCUCACCUGACAGAUCUGGACCUGAGCAACAACUACCUGUCUGAUUCAGGUGUGAAGCAUCUGUCUACUGGACUGGAGAGUCCAAACUGUAGACUGAAGACUCUGAGAAUGAGAGACUGCAGUUUGUCAGAGAUCAGCUUUGCUUCUCUUGCCUCAGCUCUGAAGGACAACCCCUCCCAUCUGAGAGUGCUGGAUCUGAGUGACAACAACCUGCAGGAUUCAGACAUGAAGCAGCUGGGUGAUUUUCUGGAGAGUCCACAUUGUAGAAUGGAGACUCUGAGAUUGAAGGACUGCAGGUUGUCAAAGAUCAGUUGUGCCUUUCUGGUCUCAGCACUGAAGUCCAACCCCUCCCAUCUGAGAGGGUUGAAUCUGAGAGGAAACAACCUACAGGAUUCAGAUGUAAAGCUGCUACAUGAUCUUAAGAAGAGUCCAAACUGUAGACUGGAGACUCUGAAACUUGGGAGGAGCUGGUGGUAAUGACCUCUGUCAGAGUGUGAGUGAACAUCCAG